ACAUAAUAUGUUAUCCGAACAUGUGGUUAUGCUGUUAAGAAUCUAGCGGUGGUUACGCGAAUCGCUUGCUAAUUAGGUUGUAUCCGCUUCUAAGAUCGGUGAUAUCCUGAAUGAAAACUAAUAAAAAUCAUAGUUCAAUUUCCAUACAGCAGGUGAUUAUAGGCAUGUAGGCAUACAUCUCUCUGAUACUUGUGUACCAAACAUGACUAGGGUUAAGUGUACUCUAAUCGUUAUCACGCUGCUGAUACUACUAGUUUUACAAGAGGGAGAUUCGUAUUCGUAUUAUAGACGGCGUCGUCGUAGUUAUUACACACCACCGGUCGUUGAUUGCGAAUGGGGCCAGUGGUCUGAACAAGAAUGCAGCCACGAGUGUGGAAGCAGUGGUGUAAAGGUAAGAACACGGACUCAACUUGUUCUUGCAUCAGGUGGAGGAGCAAGAUGCACAGGUUCCUUUACAGAGACGUUACCCUGCAACAGAUUCUGCUACAACAAUGGAAUCAAAAUGAAUGGUUUUUGUAGUUGUCGGAGUCCUUACUUCGGAAAAUGCUGUUCUGAGUGUACGGUCAAGAAUUGCCUAUGGGGUGAGUGGGAAAGUUGGUCUAAAUGUGUUCCUGAUUGCGGAGGUACACGUAUUAAGACACGUAGUAGAAAUGUCACACAAGAAGCACAAUGUGGUGGCUCACCUUGUCCUGAAAAACCCACAGAAGAACUUGAAUGUGAACCAAUUUGCUUAAAUGGUGGCAACUUUCUUGCUGAUCAGUGUCAAUGUGUUAUGCCAUAUAGUGGUGAUUGCUGUGGAAUUUGUCAUGCGGCAGAUUGUAAAUGGAGUGAAUGGAGUCAUUGGACAAUUUGCGAGCCAACUUGCGGGGGUAGUCGUCAUCGAACGAGAGUAAGAGAAGAAGAAAGUCCUGCGAUGUGUGGCGGCCGUGAAUGCGUGGGCUCAAAUACAGAAUCUGAAGAAUGUGAAUCAAUAUGCUACAAUGGCGAAGUAUCUACAGAAGGGCACUGCGUCUGUCAAGAGUAUUAUACUGGUCUUUGUUGUGAGGUGUGUUUGCCACUGAAUUGUAGUUGGGGAUCUUGGAAUGAUUGGUCAACUUGUCAACCGGCCUGUGGAAACAACCGGCAUAGGACACGUCAGCGAAUCUUAAAAGGCCAGCCGAGAUGUGGGGGUUCCUGUGCUGGUCUUCCAGACGAAUCGGAGACGUGUGUCACGCUUUGUCAAAACAACGGGAGUCCUAUGGAUGGAUAUUGCUCAUGUACAAGUCCAUUUUCAGGAAAUUGUUGUGAAAACUGUCUCCGGGUAGACUGCAAAUGGAGUCCUUGGGGUUAUUGGUCAGCUUGUAAUCCCGAGUGUGGGGCAGUAAGAAAUAGAUCAAGAACAAUGUUCAUUGCACAAAACUCUCAAUGUGAUGGAGCACAAUGUGGACCACAACCAUCAGAAAUAUCUUUAUGUCCUCCAUUAUGCUUUCACGGAGGGACAGCUGUUGGCAAUGUUUGCCACUGCAUCCCAUCGUAUACAGGGGAUUGUUGUGAAUUAUGUGUAGCUAUUGAUUGUGUCUGGUCUGGCUGGAGUACUUGGUCAAGUUGUAAACCAGAAUGUGGACCUACGAGAAUCCAGACGCGAACAAGGACCAUACUGACCCCAGAGUGGUGUGGUGGAUUAGGAUGUUUUGGAGACACAAGUGAGAAUCUAACAUGUUCUCCAAUUUGUUUCAAUGGCGGUACACCAACUAAUAAUACCUGUGAUUGCCUUCCGUUGUUUACUGGUAGAUGUUGUGGAUCUUGUCAGCCGAGUGAUUGUCAUUGGGAAGACUGGCAGGAAUGGUCAUCUUGUCAGCCUGUAUGUGGCACGAAUCGGCAAAAGACACGAAUCAGAUCAAUUCUUGCUCAUGCAACGUGUGAUGGACUCUGUCCUGGUUCAGGUAAGGACAGUAUACGCUGUAAUGAUACAUGUGAGCAUAACGGUACACCAAUGAACGGUUACUGCUUAUGCCAAGAGCCAUAUUCUGGACAAUGCUGCGAGAAAUGCAUUCCCACAGAUUGUGAAUUGACUUCAUGGAACCAAUGGUCAGGGUGUUCUCCAGACUGUGGUGUCAAUAGAACUAGAACCAGGACAAGAUCAGUAGAUCGUGAAGCUGAAUGCGGUGGAUUGCAAUGUGAGGCUAGUUUAUUCGAACAUGAAUCAUGCUCCUCCGUGUGCUAUCAUGGCGGGGUGGCUGAAGACGACGGAUGCAAAUGCCACACUCCUUACAUAGGAGCUUGUUGUGAGAUUUGUGGAGCAGUAGAUUGUAAAAUGACAAAAUGGAGCUCUUGGUCCAGCUGCUUACCGGUUUGUGGAAAUUCUAGACAUCAGUCCAGGACAAGAUUUGUAGAGAGACCAAGUUACUGUGGUGGACAAUGUGUAGAAAAUAAUACAUCUACCCGACCGUGCGAAUCGGUUUGUUUCAAUGGUGGAAUUCCUACUACGGCAGGUAGUUGUCAGUGCCCAACACCUUACACAGGAGCAUGCUGUGAAACAUGCAUUUCGGUUAAUUGUACAUGGGGACCUUGGGGAGACUGGUCAUUCUGUCAACCAAAAUGUGGGAGUACUCGUCAGAGACAGCGAAUACGGAUCAUCGAGGAGCAGCCUGUGUGUGGAGGAACAUGUGCUGGUUCUCCAACUGAAAUUGAAGACUGUGACUCCCUUUGUUAUAACAAAGGAACACCUAUGAAUGGCUAUUGUCUCUGUCCAUUUCCAUUCUCGCCAAUAUCAUGUUGUAAAUCCACAAAUGGUGAUCCUUGUAUCUAUCAUUCUCUUUUGAAUAAUCCUUGGAGAAGUGUCGGUAACUUAGAAAUAUUCAACAGUUCAUGUGACACCCGUUUGAACUCUGACACUUGGUAUCGGUUCAAAAGUGCUGGUGGCAACCAGAUGAAUGAAAAGUGUACCACCGUCAACACAUGUGGCGUUAAGUUUCCGAUGUGGUUAAAUGGUAAACAUCCCACUACACCUGGGCAGAAUGUAGAACGUUACGCAUGUGUAAGUGCCAGUAAAGACGGCGUCACAAAGUGUUGCGAACACAAAACAAUUGUUACAAUCAGAAAGUGUUCAGAUUUCUUUGUUUACCAGUUACUUGCUACCCGUACAUGUGAAGAGGGGUAUUGUAUUGGUUGCCCUAUAGAGAUAAACCUUUGUGUACCAGAUCAAGAAUGGAACAAACACUUUACUUGGAUCAACGGUAAAAAGGAAGUAAAACCAGGUCACCUUAAGAUUUACGCUGAAGUAGAUAGACUUAGAACUCUAUACAAACAAACAAAAGGUUUGUUUACAGCUAUCCCAACCCCGGACAAAAAUCCCAAAGUACAACCAGCAAUACCGAUAGGAAUUCCAACCGGUCUAGCCAAAACUGUUGCCGAUAAAGCAACCCCCGUAACACCACUUAUUGCUGAAAUUCCCAACAUAUUCUUGCUAGUUGUCGAUAAUACAGAUACCACCUUUUUGUAUUUAUGGAUAUAUGAUGAAGAAGGUAACGAGGUUGAUAAUAUGGAGAUGGUUGAAUUAGCUUAUCAGGAGUACGAGAAUAAAAAGGACCAGGCAUACCAUAAAUACGAGAGUGAUAAGAAUCUGGCUUACAAACAAUAUCAGGAAAAGAAGAAUGAAGCUUAUGAAAAAUUUAGGAACCUUGAUUAA